AUGUUUUUUGAAAGUGAAAUUUUUAAAAAGGCAACACAAUGUGUUCAGCGAUGCUGUGUUGGAGACAAGUGUAGCAAAGAUUCAAUAGAAAUGUUAGCUAAAAAGUUUUUAGUAUAUGAAGUCUCUCGAGGUUACGUCACUUGCUCAAUGACGCAGGAAGAAGAAGAAUUCCCCAUUGCGUUUUCUAUUUUAGUUUUCAAGCACGUAGAAAUGGUUGAGAGAUUACUCCGUGCUAUUUAUAGACCACAGAACUAUUACUGUAUUCACGUAGAAGCUAAAGCAGACAAAGAAGUUUUCCUCGCCGUAUCUGCAAUAGCGCAAUGUUUCACUAAUGUUUUCUUAACGGCUGAACGAGUGGACGUUCAGUGGGGAGAAUUCAGUGUACUGGAACCGGAACUGAUCUGCAUGAAACAGCUGUGGAGAUAUACAAAAUGGAAGUACUUUAUCAACCUCACUGGACAAGAGUUUCCACUGAAGACAAACGCUCAGCUGGUGAAAAUUUUAAAAGCUUACAACGGUGCAAAUGAUGUAGAAGGGAAACUUAUAAAGUUUCGUAAGAAUAGAUGGCCAACAAAACCACCAAGAAGAUUAAGACCAGUGAAAGGAUCAGUUCAUGUUGUCGUCAACAGAGAUUUCGUUGACUACAUCCUACACAACAACACAGCCAAAGAUCUACUCGAGUGGGUCAAAGAAACGGUAGUUCCCGAUGAAACGUUUUUCGCUACAUUAAACUACAAUCCACAUCUUGGGAUACGCGGUAGUUACAAAGGUGAUCCUGACAUUCAUCGCCUGAUUAAACCUUACCUUGCUAGGUUUAAAAACUGGGGUGGAAUCCCUUGUGCUGGACGUACAGUUAGAGAAAUUUGUAUACUUUCCACAGGAGAUGUACCAAUGCUUUUCGAUACAAAAGAACUUUUCGCCAACAAAUUCUACCUGUGGGAAGAUUUCCUAUCUGUUGGUUGUUUGGAGGAAAAGUUGAUGAACGACACGAGGGAUGAAUUUCUGGGUGUAAAGACAUUCAAUGUAUCUUAUUAUGAGAACUUAGAGUUUCUGAAAAAUUGCGUGACAUAA